AUGGCCCAAGGGACACACUCCUACCACAAUCCGCGCGGCUUCGGUGUUUCGGACGCGCUGAAGCGGGCACGCAGUCCAUACAAACUCGGCAAUGCGGCCAUCGGUCUUGCCCUCGUCGGCUUCAUCGCUUCAGUCUACACUUACUCCAUCACAGCGGUCAAGCAAGAUGAUUUCUCCGAUGUCGUACUACCAAACGCGCCGUCACAAGUUCAGCGUGCCAAAGAACAAUAA